GCCUUCAUGGAGGAUGUCAAGUCGCGCGGGCCGUUCAUCUACUCAGUCUUGGAGUCUGCCCAGGCCUUUCUGGCUCAGCAUCCCUUCCAGGAACCAGAGGAGACCCUGGCCGAUGGAAAAGAGGUGUCUCCGCGCCGGCGAAUCCUAAAUGUGAGCCGCUCGGUGUGGAAGCAGGCGAACGUGGCCAGUGAUCUGUGGGAGAAGCUGACGGCUCGCUGUGUGGACCGCCAUAGACACAUGGAGAUGACACUAGAGCGUCUCCUGCAGAUCCAGGCAGCGAUGGAGGAGCUAGCAGUCGCCCUGGAGCAGGCAGAGGGGGUGCGGGCCGCCUGGGAGCCCGUCGGAGACCUCUUCAUCGACUCUCUGCAGGACCACAUAGACGCCACCAAGUUAUUUAAGGAGGAGCUGACCCAGGUGAAGGAGGGCAUGAAGCACAUCAAUGAUCUUGCCCACCAGCUGGCUAUCUCAGAUGUACAUUUGUCGAUGGAUAACGCCCGAGCCCUGGAGCAUCUCAACAGCAGAUGGAAAGUGCUGCAGGCUUCCAUAGAGGAGCGGCUGAAGCAGCUCCAGGAUGCACAUAGAGACUUUGGCCCCGGAUCCCAGCACUUCCUUUCCAGUUCAGUGCAGAUACCCUGGGAGCGUGCAAUCUCCCCAAACAAAGUGCCCUACUACAUCAACCAUCAGGCCCAGACAACGUGCUGGGACCAUCCAAAGAUGACAGAACUCUACCAAGCGCUGGCGGAUAUGAACAACAUCAAGUUCUCUGCAUACAGAACAGCCAUGAAGCUGCGGAAAGUUCAGAAGGCUCUGAGAUUGGAUUUGGUGGUGCUGAGCAGCCUCGUGGACGUGUUUCGGGAGCAGGAGCUGCAGCAGGGGGAGCAUGUGAUGGACGUGGUGGAGAUGAUCCACAGUCUGACGUCUCUGUACGAGAAGCUGGAGGAAGAGAAGUCCAUCCUGGUCAACAUUCCUCUUUGCGUCGACAUGUGUCUCAACUGGCUGCUCAACGUCUACGACAGUGCUCGUAAUGGCAAAAUGCGUGCUCUCAGCUUCAAGAUGGGAUUGGUGAGCUUGUGCAAUGCAGACGUCCAAGAGAAGUAUAAAUAUUUAUUCCGUCAGGUGUCUGGUGCAGGAGGUUUGACCGACCAGCGUCACCUCAGCCUGCUGCUCCAUGAAGCCAUCCAGAUCCCCCGACAGUUGGGGGAAGUCGCUGCUUUCGGGGGCAGCAACGUGGAGCCCAGCGUCCGCAGCUGCUUCCGCGUGGCCCCUGGGAAACCUGCCAUCGAGGUGUCUCACUUCCUGGAGUGGAUGAGCCUGGAGCCCCAGUCGAUGGUUUGGCUGCCUGUCCUCCACCGUGUGGCCGCUGCAGAGUCCACCAAGCACCAGGCCAAAUGCUACGUCUGCAAACAGUGUCCCAUCAAAGGCUUCAGGUAUCGCAGUCUGAAGCAGUUCAAUGUGGACAUCUGCCAAACAUGUUUUCUAACCGGCCGCACUACCAAGGGAAAGAAGCUGCACUACCCCAUCAUGGAGUACUACACACCGACGACCUCGGGGGAAAGGAUGAGGGACUUUGCCAAGACUCUGAAGAAUAAAUUCAGGUCAAAGCAGUACUUCACCAAGCACCCGCAGAGAGGUUACCUGCCAGUGCAGUCUGUACUGGAGGCGGAGAGCACAGAGACGCCGUGCUCCUCACCCAAGCUGCCCCAUGCAGACACACACAGCAGGAUUGAGCAUUAUGCCAGCAGAUUGGCGGAAAUGGAGAGCCAGAAUUGUUCAUUCUUCACCGACAGCCUGUCUCCUGAUGAAAGUCUGGAUGAAGAUCAGUACCUCCUGCGUCACUCCAGCCCAGCCCUGGACCAUGACUCCCCCUGUGGACAACACAUGCUGCUGGCCCACCUGGAGCACCAGGACCAGGAGCAGCUCCAGUGCACCCUGGCCCGCCUGGAGAACGAGAACAGGGUGCUGCAGAGCGAGUACAGGAGGCUCAAGUGGAAGCACGAGGAGGCGGCGUCUGUUCCCAUGCUGACCGAGGCCGGAGAGGGCGGCCCAGGUUCACCCACCGAGGGGGGGUCGCAGGACGAGGAGCUGCUGGCCGAGGCACGGGUCCUCCGGCAGCACAAAACGCGCCUGGAGACCCGCAUGCAGAUCCUGGAGGACCACAACAAGCAGCUGGAGUCGCAGCUCCGCAGGCUGAGGGAGCUUCUGCUACAGCCCAAAGAUGACUCGGAGGCCAACGGUUCAGAGCCGUCGACCCUGUCUUCUCCCGUGUCUGGUGGGGGGGGUCACCACGGAGAGCAUGCGAGCAGAGAGACCACCGACACUGAAGCAGCAGGAGAUGAUAUGGCGCACGAACAGGAUACGGUGCUGCAGCUCCAGGAAGUCAUCGAGCAGCUUAGAAACGUCUUCCCUUCAGAACCGGGCUCCACCUCACACAUCUAACCCCAAGUGGGCCUGGAGGAGCAGAAUGAAGACCUGUAAAGGACACCUGAUGGCAGAGGGAGGAGCUCCGUAUGGCUGAGGUCGGCCACAGUUCACCAGGCCCUGAGACCACUGCAGCAGCUAUGAUACCCAGAGCUAACCCUCAACUGGAAUCUGUGCACUAAAAGCCUUUUUCAUGCUAACUGCUAAAGGCUAACGCUGAUGUCCGUUUGGCCAGGCUGUGCUUCAUGACUUCAGGGGUGCAGCCUGACACCGUGUUAACCAGCCAAAGGAAACUAACGUUAGCAGCAGGUCAGGGAGACACUAAAGUAAAAGGACAUGCCCAGCCAAGACACUGUGCUAACCAGUAUCUGUGUAGUCGUUCAGAGGUGUGAAGCUUUAUAUGUCCACAGCACAAAUUGGACCUCCCAUGAGGAGAUCUUUGAAAAAAAUGCAAAAAGGAAUACGAAGUAUAUCCCCUUGUUUUGUCAAAAAUGUCUGUGUCUUCGGUUUUGUUGUUUUCUACUUGAAUGUGAUAUCACGGUUGUUGUUCUUUGUUUUUUAACUGAGGCUGUUAGAGAUUGCUAGAGUAAGCAGGAUCAGGGCUGGGCUGACUGUAUCUCAUGUGGCUGCGUGGUGCAGAUUGUCAGGGAGUUGACAGCACCCACAACAAGCUUAUUUACUUUGUGAGAAAGACACAUCAUCAGUUAUUUAAGACAGCCGAAGUGCCCGCUAGCACAGCGCCUCUGUAUGCACACACUGUGUUCCUCUAAUCCUCUCAAACUGCUUUUCGCUCUCAUUGCUCGCCUCUCCUAAGUGAGCCCUUUACACUCAUACAGAACCACUUGCACUCACCAUAGAUGCACAAACACACACGCAUGUGCUGCUACAUAAACAUUCGCCCUUCCCUCAUUGUGCACAAACGGUUCCCUGUGUGAUCAAUAAUAUGUGCCAUGCUGCCUCUCUAAAAGAUACAGACACCUCCGUUUGAAAUGGAGAUCCAUUUCAUCUCUCUGGCUCGCAGGAUUUAGACCAGCCUUCAGUUUUGAGACAAUUUGAAUUGUGGCAGAAACUGGAUUUUGUGCAGGAAAUGUCUGCUGACUAAUAUCAGCACGCAGCCGUCCACUCUGGGAACUUAGCGUCCUCCUGCAGUGUGCAGAGAAGGAGAAGGAGGUAGAUGCAGGCAGCAAGCCUCUCUUUCUCUCUCUGUCUACCAGGCCAAUUCCAGGCACUACAGGGGGGAACAGGGCACACCACCAUAACGCGGCUCUACACUGACAUCAUCCUGGAUAAUCCCUACUCUCCGUCUAUAUCUCUAUAGAACACUAGUAUUGAUUCUACAUGCCUCAUUUUCCCUCGCUAAUGCGUACCUAAGUACUUUUUAGAUCCACAAAGAGACGCCAGGUUGAAAUGGAGUUGCCCUCAUUGUAUGAGGGUCAUAGGGUGCGUUCUGUUCUAAACAUAGCACAGUCAUUGAAUGCCUUAAAACCAAACUGGAUCCAUAUUAAAUAUAGACUUUUUCAUUUAGUUUUUACAUUCAGGGACAGCAGGUGGUUGAAUUGGGCUCACAGGACAUGGAAAAGGAAGGAUCACAGUGCAUGAGCGUCCAUACAUUGAAACCAGUUAUAAUAGGACUUUUAUGGGUGAACAUCAACAUGCUGGGGGUGCCUAGCGGGAAUAAAGAUCUGAGAAACAAGAGAGGAAAGGUGGAAAAAAAGCCCAAUCCAGUUAUUGCUCGAGGGCUGGUGUGAGAGAUCCAUUUUGAUGUGCCUGGCACAGCGAAAAUCUCGAGGAGCAGGAUAAGAGAACGCCUGAAACAACUAAACUGUGGCUCUGUGUUUCACAGUAAAUCAUACUGGCUGGAAAUACAACUACACCCAGUUAGGAAUUCAUCUUAGACCUUAAAGCGACUUUCUGACCUCACACAUGAGUUUGAAACCCAUGUGCUGCAUUCAUUACGGCUCCCCCUCCAGGCACACAGCACUCACACUUUGACACCACCAUCCUCAUCACUCACUGCCUGUUAGUUUUGAUACUGUUGCUAGGGAACUGUCCCCAAGGAUGCAGUUCCACAGGUUUGUGAAUUUGAAAGGUGAUGUUUUCCCGUUCAUAAUACAAAUGCUAAUAGCCUUAAGAGAAGCUAGAGAGAUCGCACUUCUCCUCUUCUCCACUCCCACCUCCAAUGAAGCAUGUUGCUGUUCAACUGCUGAAGAGCCAUUAUCAUCUGUUGAAUCCAUCUCAAGCAACACUUAAGAUUUUUUUUCAGUUAAGGUCUCACAGGUCGAAACAAAGAGCAGCUUGGGUCAUGGAUAAAAGAAAAAAAAAACAUGAAAAGCAAUGUUUAUUCACAGACAUGCAUUUAUUUGUAUUUACACAUCUCAUUACACAUUGAUGAAACCCCAUACAUCUGUUUGUGGGCACACAAGCUGAUGUAACAGUGACAUUGUGGGAGAAAGAAGAGGAGGAACUCCCAAUAGGGCUGCCUGUCAGCAUUGUGUUUAUUUUAGGACAGUAUAGAGGAGUAGGAUAGAAAUAAAUACAGAAGGUGGUUACAUGACACACACCGUUUGUCCCCAUGUGUCACCCAGCUGCUGUGUGACACCAGCGUCUAUUAUUAUUAAACCUUUAUUUAACAAGGUGGUCCCAAUGAGAUCAUCAAUCUGUUUUUCAAGGGAGACCUGUCAUAAAUUAACUUCCACUGUCAUCCAGCUGCAGGAGAGUCGUUUCUCUUUGACCGUGUGAUCCUCUGGGGUCUGGUUCAUGUACAUCUUUCUAUGCUGGUCAUGGCUCCCUAUAUUCCCCAAACACACAGAACAUGCCCUGCUCCCUGUGGCGUGACUGAAGCAGUGUGAUUGAAGAAAAAGGCUCUCCAUAUCACCCCAGAGGACACUGCUUUCUCUGUCAAGACUGCAUGUAGCCGGCCAACAUGCGAAUGAACAUAACUCUCCUGCCUUUGCUUAACAACCUCAAUUUCUGCUAUUAUGAUGCAUCUAAACUUGUGUGUCACCUCUCACAUCACAGGGCAAUGAAUCGACUAAUCUGUUGACAACACUAACAUCAUUUCACACACACUCAUCAUACUGAUGAUCUGAGUUUUUUUUUUUUUUAAUCACCGUUAAUAUACCUCAUUAAUUAUUGAAAUGUUAAUUGUUUAAUGGUUUUUAUUUUAUGUUGUUGUCCAGCACUCAAACACUUCUUGCUGUCCUUUCUCUGGAGUUUUUAAUCUGUGUAAAAACGUUUUCUGAAGAAAGGCUUUUUACUGUAACGAGUGGGUUACUGGCUGCUUUCUACUCUUUGUGUACAGAAAUAAAAUAUUUGUAUUUGGCAAACUCUU